GACUUAACCCCGGAGAAUAUGUAAGCAGCCGCAGACUCCCCGGACCCCGCUGCAUAGUGUGUGAGGCCCGUGACUAGCGUGAAGCCGGGGACGCGAGUGAUGUAACAUCCGAGGGGCGAGCCUCGGAGCCGGGCACCGCCCACAAACACAGGCCGGGGAUCGAGGCCUCAACGGACGGAGCUAACGGACCAGUGCGGGGCACACGCAUAGUUCGGGAGUCCGCUCCAUGGAGACGGCUUCAGCAACAGAGUCUGCGGUGUCCUAUCUGUAGAAUGACCCAGGACUAGCACCAGGUGACAUGAAGCUGCUCCCUGCCUCCUCCACACGGCACUUUCUUCUCCUUACAGGAUUUGUCGGAUAACGUAUGUUUGAACGGUGACCCAGCGACGGGCGGAGAAUGCAGAAACAGGGUUAGUGGCAAAGACCUGUGUGUACUAAAGGAAGUAGACAGCUCAAUUAGACUUUAAUUAACACUUUCCACGCGUAACAGUAGCUCAUCCAGAAUGUCCAGGAGAUAUGAGCAGCCCACCAUCGCCUCCAAAUCCCGCUCACCGUCUCCAUAUACCAAAAGACGCAUGUGUGAGCUCACUGAGGACUCCAGGCAAAGGCUGGCCCAUCUGAACCUGGGGCCCUACACAUUCAAGAAGGAAUACUGCAACCCGCCCCCCUUUGUAGUCAGACAUGUAGAAACAAGCUCUUCACCUGACACCACCGAGCUGUCGAGUUCUUCUAGAAGUUUGAGAUCGGAAGAAUCUUCAAGGCUGCGCACAGAUACCUCUGUGCUUGACGGCUUCAGACCCCGGGGUAACAGGGAUUCCAGGAAGAUGCACAUUGAUGACCUUCAGAUGUCCUUGGACAAUGUCGGAAACAAAAGGCUCCAAGAAUCGUCUUGCAGAGCUACCUCACUUCUGUCUCGCUCGGCUCCACCAUCAAUACUGAGACACCCACCCAGUCCUGUGCUCAACAGAUCGUCCCUUAGAGAGAGGUUCCAGACAGAUCACCGAACAUCUGCUAACUGGAAGGAAACCCAUGAACGAGUCAGAAGUAUAGUAAGGACAAACAGUGCCCGGCAGAAGCUACAUUUUGAUAAGAAUGUGUCAUGGAAGGAUCCAGAAUACAGCGACACAAUGAAUGAAGAGUCACACCGUACCAGAGAGCAGGACAGCCUCUCAUUCCCCCAAGAUAAAUCUGUUCACCUGGACAAUGGGGAGUUCUGGUGCAAUAGGGCAGCCGCAUACAAAGGAAAAAGUCAUAGGAUCAUAUUCGAGGAGAGCAUGGAGAAAAUCUACAAGAACAUGUACAGGAAUGCUACAAACCCAAAUGCAUAUAGGAAAUCACAUCACUCCAAGGACCUUUUUUGAUUUAAAGGAGCUGUCUACGGGGGUGGGGACACCGGAGCGCCUCUCUUUGGUCUGUGCACUUCCCCUUUAGACACUGUGCUAGACAUAAUACAAUAUAUUAAAGGGGUUAUCCAGGCAAAACCUUUUUUUAUAUAUAUCAACUGGCUCCGGAAA